AUGGCAUCUCCCGCUCCCGUCGACCCGGUCCUCCGCAACACGCUCCGGUACACCAUAUCCGCGCGCGAAUAUGCCACGCUUCACAGAUACGUCAUCUCGCGGUCCAGGACGCUGCGCCGCGCCGCGCCCACGCCUGCGUCGGUGGACAGGGCGCUGCAGCCGCAGCGAGACGGCGGCGACGACUACAAUGCCAGGGCCGUGAGGCACGCGCUGAGGGUCUUUGUCGCCACCAUGGUUGGCGUCAAGGGCUGGAAGGCCGUCUGUCGACGUGUGGACAAGAGCCAUGACGGGCCAAGGCAGCCGUGGCACAGGUCUCCGGCCCUGAGGCUCUCCCUCUCUCUCUCGUCGAUCCUGCUCCUGUACCGCUUCCUCUUCCGCUUCCUCUCGCGCCUGCGCGCCCACCUCCUGGACGCGCAGGUCGAGCCGUUCCGCCUGCGCAACCCCCGAACCGCCGCCGCCCUCACGUCGCCGUACGCGCCGGCCAUCGGGGCCUCCCUCGCCGGCGUCGCCCUGGGCGUCUGUCCCUCGCAGCAGCUGCGCGUCUCCGUCGCCAUCUACGCCAUGUUCCGCGCCCUCGAGUUCGGCUGGAACAUGUGCGAGAGCGACGGCCUCGUCUGGGGCCGCCUCAAGGGGGGCAAGAAGCGCGAGCGCCCCUGGUGGUUUGGGAGCUGGAUGCUGCAGCCGCUGGCCUUUGGACAGCUGCUGCACGCCGUCGUCUUUGACCGCGACUGCUUUCCUGCCGCGUACGGCAGCUUCAUCUUCAGAAACUCGCAUGGCUACCUGCACGCGCGCCCGGACGACUGGUCCGGCGACGCAAGGUGGCCCUCGACCACGGACGUCGUCGACGGCCUGUCGCGCAUGGCCAGGCUCGGCUGGCCGGCGUACACGUCGCCAGCCAUGUUCCCGACCAAGCACGUCCUCCCGCCGGGCCUCAAGGCCAUAUCGCCGCUGACCUCGCGCGCGCACCCGCUCAUCACGUCGCUCUCCUGCGCCGCCCUGCACCCCGACGACCCGUCGUGCACGCGCACCUAUCUCACCUUCUGGCUCAGCUCGUUCCCGCCCGUCGCGCGCUUCUUCCUCGCCGUCUGCUCCGCCCUCACCCUCGUCACCAACCUCGGGUCCCUGUACAACCUGCCCGUCACCACGGUCCACAAGGUCGUUGCCCGCGCGCUCCGCAUGUCGGCCUUUGCCACGGGCGCCAUCUCCACCGCCUGGGCGUCCAUCUGCUUCUUCCAGGCGUACCUGCCGCGGCGCGCGCUCGCCACGCAGCGCUUCUUCCUCGGCGGCUUCCUCGCCGGCCUGUGGGCCUGGGUCGAGCGUCGCCACGGGCGCGGCGUCUUCCUGUACAGCGCCCGCGCGAGCGUCGACAGCCUGUGGAAGGUCGGCGUCAAGAGGCGGUGGUGGAGGGCCAUGAGGGGCGGCGACGUCUGGGUCUUUGUGCUGGCCCUGAUGGUCACGGGCGUCGUCUACGAGAGGGACGCGAGGGCCGUCCGCGAGACGCAGUGGCGCAAGGGCGUCAGUUGGAUCCGCGGCGAGGGCUGGAGGGACUGGGCCAUUGACGACCACGACGAUGCCGACGACGCCCACGACGCCCACGACAAGGAUGAUUGA